AUGGGUCUGCCGCGUCUCUCCCUGAAGGGAUACUUUUUCUACGUGCUAUGCUCAUCCGGUCUGCUGUUAGUUAUACUGAAUCUACUGCAGGAUGAAAUAUGGCACCGUAUGCGACCUCAUCCUGGACAAACGCAGCCUGUUCGUAUUUCCGACGGCGUCAAGAUCAAACAAAAUUGGCCUGCGAUAUCAAAGAAACCGACAAUGCAGGUUUUGCAGACUCGGGAAAAAUUGAAGAAAAAGCCUCUGUCUAAGGUAUCCAACUUGACUGGGACAACGAUUUUAUCACGCAACAGUAUAGAAUCCAUGGAUCCAUCAAGAAGACCGUGGUACAUGAAAGGAGGGACUAGACGGCCUUAUCCUGUUGUAAAAUCCCAUCGCACUGGUCGAAGAUUGGCGCGUUUGUGGCCUGACGAAGAUGCUUAUGACGAUCGUGUUACAAAUCAAUUGAUGUUCAUGCCUACUGAUUAUAACAAAACCAGUGCCGAACAUCAGUUGAAAAAAAUAAUGGUACCACAUGGUAUGCCUGAGGCAAAAGUUGGUCCCGACAUAUUUCUUCAGCUUCGCUGCCCAGUAAAUACAUGUACGAUUGUUAGGGACAACCCUGAAGAUGCUGAUCUAAUCCUUUUUAAAGAUUACAUAACGCACGUGGGAAGAAGAUCUCCGAACCAACAGGUGUGGAUGCUGUAUUUUUUAGAGUGCCCUUAUCACACGCAGAGCGUGAAGAACGCUAUCAUCAAUUGGACGGCUACUUAUCGUCGUGACAGCGAUAUAGUCGCGCCCUAUGAAAGGUGGCAAUAUUACGAUCCUAGCAUCACACAAAUACCACAGACUUUUAAUUACGCAGCCAAUAAGACGAAAAAGGUGGCUUGGUUCGUUUCUAAUUGUCAUCCACGAAACCAACGGAUGAAUUACGCUAAAGAAUUAUCGAAAUACAUACAAGUGGACAUUUAUGGGACUUGCGGUACUCUGAGGUGCCCACGUUCGCAAUCUCAAGCGUGUUUCGAUAUGCUUGACGAAGACUACAAAUUCUAUCUUGCCUUCGAGAAUUCAAACUGCAAGGACUAUAUUACGGAAAAGUUUUUCGUCAAUGGUCUUGGGCACAAUGUUUUGCCAAUUGUAAUGGGUGCACAUCCAACGGACUACGCUCGCAGCGCGCCAUAUCGCUCGUACAUUCACGUGGACGAGUUCGAGUCACCGAAAGAGCUCGCCGAGUAUCUUCAUCGUUUGGAUCGGGACGACGAACUAUACAAUUCGUACUUCCGUUGGAAAGGAACCGGCGAGUUUAUCAAUACAUAUUUCUGGUGUCGAGUUUGCGCCAUGUUGCACGACAACAGGCCGUCGAAAUUUUACAAGGAUGUAAACGAGUGGUGGAGAGGCGACGGUAUAUGCACGACGAACUCCUGGCGUGAACACGACAUGACACGUGUAGGAAAGUUAAAGAACACCUGA